GCCACUCCCCUGCGCACUGGUUGGGUCCCAGCGACAUGAUGAAACUUCCCGCACGCGUUACAGAAGCCGGCGGUUAUACGGUGAGAAGCAGUCCUUGCGGCUCCCGUUGUGGCUGCGCCGCCUCCUCUCCCCCUCCUCUCGCCCUGGCCGCUAGCGCGCAGAGCGCCUGCGGCUCUCCGGCAGCAUGUGUGGCAUUUGGGCUCUCUUCGGCAGCGACGACUGCCUCUCCGUGCAGUGCCUGAGCGCAAUGAAGAUUGCGCACAGAGGGCCAGAUGCGUUUCGUUUUGAGAAUGUCAAUGGAUACACCAACUGCUGCUUUGGAUUUCACCGGUUGGCCGUGGUUGAUCCCCUGUUUGGAAUGCAGCCCAUACGAGUGAGGAAGUACCCUUAUCUGUGGCUCUGUUACAACGGCGAAAUCUACAACCACAAAGCGCUGCAAGAGCGUUUUGAAUUUGAGUAUCAGACCAAUGUGGAUGGUGAGGUUAUCCUGCAUCUCUACGACAAAGGAGGAAUCGAGCAAACCAUCUCCAUGCUGGACGGGGUGUUUGCAUUCAUCUUGCUGGACACUGCCAACAAGAAAGUGUUUCUGGGCAGAGAUACCUAUGGAGUCAGGCCCUUGUUUAAAGCCAUGACUGAAGAUGGAUUUCUGGCUGUGUGUUCAGAAGCUAAAGGGCUCGUUUCGUUGAAGCACUCCACAACUCCGUUCUUAAAAGUGGAACCCUUCCUUCCUGGACACUAUGAAGUUUUGGACUUAAAACCGAACGGCAAAGUUGCAUCUGUGGAAAUGGUGAAAUACCAUCAUUGUACGGAUGAACCACUGCACGCCCUCUAUGACAGCGUGGAGAAACUCUUCCCAGGUUUCGAGUUAGAAACGGUGAAGAGCAACCUGCGGAUCCUUUUUGACAAUGCUAUCCGGAAGCGCCUAAUGACGGACCGGAGGAUCGGCUGCCUUUUAUCAGGGGGCCUGGAUUCCAGCUUGGUUGCCGCCUCCCUGCUGAAGCAGCUCAAGGAGGCCCAAGUGCAGUAUCCUCUCCAGACUUUUGCGAUCGGCAUGGAAGACAGCCCCGAUCUUCUGGCCGCCAGAAAGGUGGCAAAUUAUAUUGGAAGCGAGCAUCAUGAAGUCCUUUUUAAUUCCGAAGAGGGCAUUCAGGCCCUGGAUGAAGUCAUAUUUUCCUUGGAAACCUACGACAUCACGACAGUUCGAGCAUCUGUAGGCAUGUAUUUAAUUUCCAAGUAUAUCCACAAGAACACAGACAGCGUGGUGAUCUUCUCGGGAGAAGGGUCAGAUGAACUUACACAAGGAUACAUAUAUUUCCACAAGGCUCCUUCUCCCGAGAAGGCAGAGGAGGAAAGUGAGAGACUGCUGAAGGAGCUCUACCUGUUUGAUGUUCUCCGAGCUGACCGCACUACUGCUGCCCACGGUCUUGAACUGCGAGUCCCGUUUCUGGAUCAUCGGUUUUCCUCUUAUUACUUGUCUCUGCCACCAGAAAUGAGAAUUCCAAAAAAUGGGAUAGAAAAACAUCUCCUGAGAGAGACGUUUGAGGACUCCAACCUGCUGCCCAAAGAGAUUCUCUGGAGACCAAAAGAAGCCUUCAGUGAUGGGAUCACCUCAGUCAAGAACUCCUGGUUCAAGAUUUUACAGGACUAUGUUGAACAUCAGGUCGAUGAUGCAAUGAUGGCCACGGCAGCCCAGAAGUUUCCCUUCAAUACCCCCCAAACCAAGGAAGGCUACUACUACCGGCAGAUCUUUGAGCGCCACUACCCAGGUCGGGCUGAUUGGCUGACCCAUUACUGGAUGCCCAAGUGGAUCAAUGCCACCGACCCUUCCGCCCGCACUCUCACCCAUUAUAAGUCAGUUGCCGAAGCUUAGAUGCUCCCUGAACUCUAGUGCGAAGUAAGUGUUUCUUCUGACUCAGAAGGUAGAGACAUUGAAACCAACACAGAAAUGAUGCAAGCCAGCCACCAACCACUCCGGCUUUUGUGGGCAUGGAAAGAAAUAAAAAUAUUACAUCUGAAAUUCUUCUGGUGGUGGAUGUUAACACAACCUCAUUAGAGGCAGCUAGAGACGGAGUGGUGGCUGCUGUUUCACCGCCACGUGGAUGGCAGUGAGCUGAAGGGGACAGCUGAUGAUCUUCGCAUCUCAAUUCUGCCUACCCUCCCAGCAGCUGGCUAGGCAGACAUGGAUGUGAGUCCUCCGUGAGACCGCAUGACUGUUCUGCUGUGUAGGAUAGCAAUUCAGCUUUUUGCUUAUGUAUAUUGUGGUAAUAUCCCCUCUGAAGACUUGUGGAGUUGGGGUUAAACUUCUCAAAUAGAGUCAGAUGCUAAGUUAGGUUUUUGAGGGUCUCUGUGGAACUGUUAACACCAAUACACAACACUGGGCAUUAUGAAACUAGUUCGCAUCACACAGCUUUUUCCUCUAAAAGCUUCCUUUAUAAGAGCAGGAGCGGGCCAGAUAUGGACCCUGGGCCAUUGUUUAUUGAUGUUUAUUCCAGAGGAAUAUGUAAGUGUGGUUGGGAAGUAGGAAAUACCACUUUGAAACAGGAGCUACUCAUUCGAAGGCUUCCUGAGUGCUUCAGAACCACAUGCCGAGAUGCAUAGGGCAGAUGGGUUUAGCUGUUAAAAACUUUUGAAAAGGAAACAGUUGGUGCAAGAAUUCUUAAUGGUGUCAGGUAUUUUGGUGCUUGACUCUGAGCACCGGGGAGGCUGCAGCAGGAUUCGGAGUUGGAGGGUUGCCUGUCUCAAUGAAGGAGUGCUUGACGGGAAAACUGUUGCGGCCAGCUGUAGGCCAUGACUUACCGUUUAUAAUUGUGUCUAAGGAACUGAAGAUGAAGCCUUACUUUAGGGUAAUAUGAUGCUUAUCUUGAAUUCAUAGAUAUUUAAGUAUUUGAACUUAGCUUGAUUUAGCACUAUACGUAUUUUCUGCUAAAGUUUAUCUGGCCCGGCUAUGUGGCAUCACAGAUGAUCGAGAAUGUUUACAUAGGGCACACCGCCAGCUUUGAGAAUGUGGGAAGGCUUCAGAUUUCAGCAACAGUGUCUAAGAUGUAUUAUCUUCAGAUCCCACUCAGAACUCCAGCACACAUAGAGAUAGUUAAGCCAAACAGCACCAAACUUGUGUGAGAACCUUUUUGCCCCUCUGCCAAAUGCCCAAGAAAAGUGUACUUUGAUUCAUAGUUUGAGAAGUUCAUGAUUGGCUUGUUAUGGUCACUGGCUACAUUAUUUCUCUGCCAGUGUUGAGGCAGAACAUCAGGGCAGAAAGACCAGUGUAGCACAGCUGUUUACCUCAUGGCUGCGGAAAGCAAGAGGAACGAGUUUAAGGGCAGCCCCUGACGAUAUCUCCAGUGACCCAACCAGGCCUCACCUUCAGAAGCUUCUGCCUUCUCCCAGGAUUGCCGUUCAGCUAAGGAAGGCAUCGAUGGUUGUAUUCACUGAGUUAGUCAGAACCUUUAUGACUUAACAGUGAUUUCAUGCACUAGGUGGAGACUAAGCCUACAACCUAUAAGCCUUUUCGACGGACUGUUCAUACCCAAACCCUAGCGAACAAGGUUGCCCGUGAUGGCUACAGGUGACUUACAGAUUCUCCACAUUCAUAGGGUUGACCUUUUCUUUUACAACCUCAAAGGAAGGUUUGAAGAAAGUGCCCCUAGGGUGCUCCGGCUCUUAUAAAUGAAGC